AUGAAGAAGAUUGAGGAGAACAACACCCUCGUCUUCAUCGUCGACACCAAGGCCAACAAGCGCCAGAUCAAGGACGCCCUCAAGAAGCAGUACGACGUUGACACCGUCAAGAUCAACACCCUGAUCCGGUAUGUUUUUUCUCCACCCUGUCUUGUAUCUUGCAAGAGCUUCGCUAAUACAUGUCUUCAAUAG